GGGGGGGGGUUCUGAGAUUGCAAAAAAUGAGUCUACGUAGUUUAUGGACAACGCCUAAAGAAGGGUAAAAAGUGUUCAUGAACCCCUAAAUAUGCGUGUGAAAGCUUUGAAGGAUGUUUUGCAUAUUGAGCAAGGAAUGCACGAUAGUUCUGCUGGUGCAUUUUUACAGAGCCCUAGGCAGUACCGCUGUCUUCGUUUCCUGAUAAACAAUCGCAUAAAUCAUUCAUUUCCAGUUGGAGCCACCAUCAUCAGACUAACCUAUCGCCCACUCGGCCCUCCACUCGCGCCUCACACCAACCAACGGACCGAACGCAAAAGUAUAUAUUCCACAGUAAACGAUAGGUUGUUUUCCUCUCUCACACUUCCGUCCAUGUGUUCAAAAUCACAUGUUUUCGUUGAGUGUCGGGUAGAUGAGUUCUCAGGUGAGAGAAAGGCAGACAGGAUUUCCAGAUUGUUUUGACCGGAAAGCGCAUGCCCAUUCGAAAUGCCGCCACAGAGAGCGGAUGAAUGCUGUGGUAAGGACCGUUUUCAUCGGUCAACCGCACACCAGUCAAAUUAGUUAGCUUUGAGAUCUCAACUGUUGUGGACGUGUUGAAGCUGUUGCACCUUGUUGGCUUUGGAUAGCAAGUGUUUUUCUCUUGAAACCAGCCCACUCAAUGGCAGAGGUGUGAACAUGGGAUUUUCACUCCUGUAGUGGCUUGUGAAAAACAUUUGCAAUAGAAUGUGACUCCGGUUAUAGGCGUUGGCGAUUUACAGCAAGUUGGAAUUUGAAGUGCGCCGGCGGAAGUUCGUUUCGAUAGCAUUUGAACCUAGAAUCGGUGGUAUGAAUUAACUUUAUUCAUUCAAGUGCCCUCACUAUAGUGCUAGGAUGAUUUAUGAACGAGACGCGUAAAGUUUCCCGACACCGACGGGUCUCGUCGCUCCAGUGAUACAAGAAGGCCAUCUCCGAGCUUUUAUGCGUUAUGGCGAACCAUUAGAACCGUUGCCAGUCAGCCAACUAGCCUCAGUCUGGUGCGAAAGCCGAAACACCGACGACGACGGCGGCGAUGUUACGAAAUGCAACAGCUCCAGCAUGAGAGAAGUGGUGAAGCCUCCUCCUCCUGUUUUCGAAGCGGUCGAGGACGAGUGAAAAAGUCAUGUGCUUAUCCUCCAUCUACUGACGGAGAGGAUGAACCGAAUGGACACAUUUGUGUUGGUGAGUUGCUAGGCUGACUGAGCACCCUGAAAGCAUUUUUCCGAGAGUGGUGAAAACGGAAAUUUUCUCUGAGUGAACCGAGAUCCUUGCGACGGAAAGGCCUCCAAAUUCUUUAGCCGUGUGGGUGCGAAUAGAAAAGUCAUGGUAACGGUUCAAGCUCACGGCAAAUGAUUCAUACUGGUUAGUCUUGGAGUGAAGGUGCAAUGUGAAGGAAACCAGGCCGUUGGAAUAUAAGCUCAAUGUACCGUUCAGGUGUGCUCAAAUGUGGUCUGUCUAGUAUGCCCUGGUGGAAAUUUUUCCUCUGCCUCGGAUAAUGAAAGUUUUCGACAUAUGCGGUGCGAAAGAAAAAAGAAAAUCAAGGGAUGACAAGUGAAGAACGAGGUGAAGAAAAUUGCAUUCAUUUCAGUUGAAAAGUGUGAAUUUGUACUUGUCUCAAUCUAAUAGUAUUUCCUCUAAACGUGAGGAAUGUGUGGUUUGUUCUAGAAUAAACGAAGGAAAAUUCAGUACAUAAUAUUAAAAUUACCAGUGUUACCCUGUUGCUGUUGAAAUAGAUUAGCCAAGUUGAUGUUGGUGUUAUCGAUAGAGUUAUUAUCAGAUAUGAAAUUUAUUGACAAAUAGUGCUUUAGUGAAUACAAUGUGAAGAAGAUCGUGUUAAAAUAUUGUAAUUUUGGAAUAAAGCACAAAAAGCGAAGUAUGAUGGGAAACCUUAAUAGAACUUCAUCGGCUAGAGUAGCGUCCAAAAGUGUUAUGUUGUUUUAUCCCCUGAUAAAUGUGUCCAUUCUGGUGUUGGUGUUAAAUAUCAAUGUUGUGAGUGGAUAUAAUCAGUUACAUAUCGGUGGAAUAUUUCCCAUCAACGGCAAAGGUGGCUGGCAAGGUGGUCAGGCGUGUAUGCCAGCUGCUAAACUGGCUCUUCAGGAUGUCAACGAGAAGGAGGAUCUUUUACCGGGAUUUAACCUGACACUUCAUAGCAACGAUAGCGAGUGUGAGCCCGGGCUUGGGGCUAGUGUUAUGUACAAUCUGUUGUACAAUGCACCUCAGAAGUUGAUGCUCCUAGCGGGCUGCAGCACGGUGUGUACGACUGUUGCCGAAGCAGCGAAAAUGUGGAACCUAGUUGUGCUAUGUUAUGGUGCAUCUAGUCCUGCCUUAUCAGAUAGAAGUAGAUUUCCAACGUUAUUUAGGACGCAUCCAUCUGCCACUGUACAUAAUCCUACUAGAAUUAAGUUAAUGCAAAAAUUUGGAUGGUCGCGAGUGGCGAUCCUUCAACAAGCCGAAGAAGUGUUCAUAUCGACCGUCGAGGAUUUAGAGACUCGAUGUAAGGAUGCUGGUAUCGAGAUAGUGACGAGACAAUCAUUCCUUUCCGAUCCAACGGAUGCAGUGCGAAACCUGCGAAGGCAGGAUGCUCGGAUCAUCGUCGGACUAUUUUACGUAGUCGCAGCCAGACGGGUCCUGUGUGAAAUGUACAAACAGCAGCUUUAUGGCCGGGCGUACGUGUGGUUUUUUAUAGGAUGGUACGAAGACAACUGGUACGAAGUGAAUCUCAGGAACGAAAACAUCUCGUGUACCAAAGAACAGAUGAGAAUGGCAGCCCAAGGGCAUCUGACAACCGAAGCGCUCAUGUGGAAUCAAAACAAUCAGAAAACCAUCUCAGGAAUGUCAUCCGAAGACUUUCGAGAACGUCUGAACGCUGCGCUAAUAGUAGAGGGUUAUGACAUCAACCAUAACCGCUACCCGGAAGGAUACCAAGAAGCACCACUAGCCUACGAUGCUGUGUGGAGUGUGGCCUUAGCAUUCAACAAAACAAUGCAAAAACUCAAGGAAAUGAAUGUGGGAAAGAACCUCAAGGAUUUCACCUAUACUGAUAAAGAAAUCGCAAACACUAUCUAUGCUGCGAUGAAUUCAACGCAAUUCCUAGGUGUCUCGGGAUGGGUGGCGUUUAGUUCACAAGGCGAUCGUAUAGCUUUAACACAAAUAGAACAGAUGAUUGACGGGCAGUACUACAAAUUAGGAUACUAUGAUACACAAGCCGACAAUCUCACCUGGUUUGACAAGGAGAAAUGGGACGGUGGAAAGGUUCCACAAGACAGGACAAUCGUGCGACGGGUGCUGAGGACCGUUUCGUUGCCGCUCUUCAUCUGCAUGAGCACCGUCUCCAGCUGUGGCAUUCUGGUGGCGAUAGCGCUCAUCGUGUUCAACAUAUGGCACCGGCACCGGAGAGUCAUCCAAUCGUCUCAUCCAGUGUGCAACACGAUAAUGUUGUUUGGUGUCAUCAUCUGUCUAGUGUCGGUGAUACUACUCGGAAUCGAUGGACAGUUUGUUACUGCUGACAAUUAUCCCAAGAUUUGUCAAGCAAGGACUUGGAUAUUGUCAAUGGGCUUCACGUUGGCAUACGGAGCAAUGUUCAGCAAAGUGUGGCGUGUACACAGAUUCACAACGAAAACGAAAACCGAUCCAAAAAAAAAAGUGGAACCCUGGAAGCUCUACACGAUGGUGACAGGCCUGCUAGCAGUGGACCUGGUUAUACUGCUGACGUGGCAAAUUCAGGAUCCCUUGCAACGGCGCUUGGAAACGUUUCCCCUGGAGGACCCCAUCUCCAGCAAUGAUGAUGUGAAAAUUCGACCGGAGCUUGAACAUUGCGAAAGCCAUAACAACUCAGUGUGGCUAGGUGUAAUUUACGGCUUCAAAGGACUGAUACUUGUGUUUGGUCUGUUUCUUGCCUACGAAACCCGUUCACUAAAAGUAAAGCAGAUCAAUGACUCACGGUACGUGGGUAUGAGCAUCUACAACGUUGUAGUUCUGUGUCUAAUAACUGCCCCGGUGGCAAUGGUCAUCGCCUCACAGCAGGAUGCGUCUUUUGCGUUUGUUGCAUUAGCUGUCAUCUUCUGCUGUUUUCUUAGCAUGUUACUGAUAUUUGUGCCAAAGGUAAUCGAAGUCCUAAGGCAUCCAAAAGACAAAGUUGAAUCGAAAUUUAGCAACGAAACUGGUAUUUCCAAAGAAGACGAGGAACGAUAUCAGAAGCUUGUUACGGAGAACGAUGAUCUCCAAAAAUUGAUUGCUCAAAAAGAAGACAAAAUUCGAAUACUAAAACAACGACUAACCGAGAAGGAAUCGGCAGUGAAAAGUGGUCACCCUCAGCCAAGUGAUACACAUGCCACAAAUGCUCAAUUCAACAACAAUCAACUAACAGUAGCAGCCGCGAGCGGAGUAACGCAAGACCUUCGUGAUGAACGGAUAUGAAAAUUAAGUCAAUUCACAACCACGUGAUAGUUACUAGUAAGACUUUAUCACUUUUUAUGAACAAAUUCAUCGAACAACCAUUAGCGCUGAAGACAACGGAACAAAUUCUCGUAACUCAAAUGUUCGACGUACUGCAUAGAUAGUAGCGCAUCACUCAUCGGAUUGUUGUACAUCAUUUUCGUCCUGUUUUUCUACGAAAUGUUAAAUUUUUGUACAAUCGUAUUUUAGCGUAAUUGAAGAAAAAGAUCCGAGAAAUGAUAAAAAAAAACAAACGAGUCAUCCCGACAGACAAAAACCACUACUUGUUUCUGCAAAAAUUUAGAUGAUCUUUUGUAAAUAGAAAUUUUAAAGUGAUGUUUCACUUACUGCAAAUAUAGUGGAACCGAUACAGAAGUUUUGUUUUGAAAACGAGAGAGCAAAUUUGUAAGAGAAAUAUGAAAAUUGUUUUAUAAACCAAGAUUGGCAGAGUAGUGCAAAUGAACUAAUACUGGCUUGUGAGAGUUUAUAGAAGACAUUUAGGAGUAGUAGGAAACAAAUUAGAUAGAAUAAAAUUUAGAAAAAUAUGGGAAAAAAAUAGAAAAGAGCAUUUAUUUAAUUACUGGCACUACCGGAUAGACAGUGUACAUAUAAAUGGGAAGUGAAAAGCAAAAUAAGGAAAAGACAAGAUAAGACGAAACAAAUUAACGAACUAAAACAAUCAGUAUGUGGGAAAUCCAACGAACCAUAAAAAAAGCUCCGAAGGUGUUUAGUCAAACAGAUAAAUACAAUAAAUUCGGUGGCCAUUCCAUCUAUAUUUUGCUCACAAAAUGGAAUUUAUUUUUCGAGACAUAAGUCAAUUCGAACAUUAAUGUAAAAUACUUUACUAUGUCAAAUCUUUCUAAGUGUAAACUUGCAAUCGAUAUAUAUUCUUGUUGUAAUGAUUACACCUGACAAGAUGCUAUGCAAAGCAUAAUAACAGUUAUUAGUUUCAACUGUUUGGUUGGAUUAAGUAAGAUAUAAAGUGGCUGUACCAUCAAACAUCAAUAAUUAGUCCACCCGAGCAAAGGAGAACAAUAGACAUAUAACUCAGUGAUAACAAUUUCUUGUUCAAGAAAUCAUUUUUCAAUUUUGUUACUUAGUGAUUUCAGGUGAAAUUGAUCGAUGUGAGGUUCAUUUUUAUUUUUCCAAUAUAAAUCCUUAAACUUAAAGCAAGUUGUGCAAUAGUACUGUUAUCUGAUUCUAGAGUUGUUGAAUGAUGAGUUAACAAGUUUUAUAGCUUAUUGGUUACGUAUGUCUGUAUAACAUACAACAGGGGUAUUCACUAAACAAAUUAUUAUUAUUAUUAUUAUAUUUUAUUAAAGACACUUUACCAAAAAAGUUGGCAUUCGUGUCCACUUAAACAAAUGAAACAUCUGUGUUAGCCGUGAUUAUCUGAUUAUUUUAAGUUUCGAAUGAAAUGUCAAAGAUUGCCUUGGUGAUUGCGGCGUUUAAUCAGUUCAAUCGGUUUACGCUGUUUAGUAAAUCUCCUAAAUAUUUUCUCAAACUGCUUUUCAAGCGAUCUUGAAACAUACUUUCAAACUUUCCUUGCUAUAUCAGUACCGCACAUGCUAUGAAUGUUUCUCGCUGUUGAAUAAUCGCUAAAACCGAUUUGCUACUGGGGUUGCAUCUACGGGUGGCGAAUUAAGCUCAAGCUCAGCUAAAUAAUCGCUAAAAGUGAUUUAAAAUUUGCGACCGAUAAAAAUAUCUUUCUGAUAACAAAAU